AUGCGGGAUGUGGUUGUGCUGUGUAGAGAUUUUAUGAAUAAUGGUUUUUUUAGAGAUGGCUUAAAUGACACUGCUAUUGUUGUUAUUCUCAAAAUCAUUUCUGAAGUGCUGGCUAACAGAAUGAAGAGUCUUAUGCCUAGAAUCAUUUCAGAAAAUCAGAGUGCGUUUGUGGAGAAUAGACUGAUUACUGAUAAUUUUCUUAUUGCCUAUGAAAUUGGCCAUUACUUGAGAUGUAAGAGAAGGGGAAAAUAUGGUAUGGCAGCGUUGAAAAUUGACAUGAGUAAGGCGUAUGAUAGAAUGAAAUGGGAGUUUUUUGAAUUUAUGCUUCGAAAGAUGGGGUUUUGUGAUAAAUGGGUUCAUUUGAUUAUGUAUUGUAUAUUCUCUGUCAGGUAUACGAGUAUUGGUGACUGUACCAAUAUGAAUCUGCUCAUUCUGAGUAGAGGGUUGAGACAAGGAAAUCCAUUUUCCCCAUAUUUGUUUAUUAUUUGUGCGGAAGGACUCAGUAUGAUGCUAGCUUAG